AUGGCGAUGGCCUCUUUGGUAAAGAAGGGCACUGCCAGGCGAGCUGUGUCAUCGAAAACCAGAAAUUGCCUCACUGACAGCAACCAGAAAUACUGUUAUGUGGAAACAAAACCCUAUAGUCAGUUCCCUGGAUUUCAAGCAGAGUUUGAGAAUCAUGGCCCUGAUGUUGCUGCACAUACCAAGUGGGAAGCUUUCAUUGACUUGCUUGGAGACAGGAAAGGGCAUACUUUUCCAAGAGAGUGUAACUCUUGGGAAGUACUAGGUCUGCAGAGUAGUAUCUCAGGGCUGGGCCUCGAACCCCCUACCGUCGUGAAUCCUGGUUUUGGUUUCCGGAGAGCAAGGAACAGCUGGUUUAAAGGAGAGACCGAUUUCAGCGAUCAGGAGCAAAGCGCGGCUCGGGCGGCGGCCUGCGAGCCCGUGCGCAUCCCGCUGUGCAAGUCUCUGCCCUGGAACAUGACCAAGAUGCCCAACCACCUGCACCACAGCACCCAGGCCAACGCCAUCCUGGCCAUCGAGCAGUUCGAAGGGCUGCUGGGCACCCACUGCAGCCCCGACCUGCUCUUCUUCCUCUGCGCCAUGUACGCCCCCAUCUGCACCAUCGACUUCCAGCACGAGCCCAUCAAGCCCUGCAAGUCGGUGUGCGAGCGGGCGCGGCAGGGCUGCGAGCCCAUCCUCAUCAAGUACCGCCACGCGUGGCCCGAGAGCCUGGCCUGCGACGAGCUGCCGGUGUACGACAGGGGCGUGUGCAUCUCUCCCGAGGCCAUCGUCACUGCGGACGGAGCCGAUUUUCCUAUGGAUUCUAGUAAUGGAAACUGUAGAGGGGCCAGCAGUGAGCGCUGCAAAUGUAAGCCUGUUAGAGCUACACAGAAGACCUAUUUCCGGAACAAUUACAACUAUGUCAUUCGGGCUAAAGUUAAAGAGCUGAAGACCAGGUGCCAUGAUGUGACGGUGGUGGUGGAGGUGAAGGAGAUUCUGAAGGCCUCUCUGGUGAACAUCCCAAGGGACACCGUCAACCUGUACACCAGCUCUGGCUGCCUGUGUCCCCCCCUCAGUGUUAAUGAGGAGUAUAUCAUCAUGGGCUACGAAGAUGAGGAACGCUCCAGGUUACUCUUAGUGGAAGGCUCCAUAGCAGAGAAAUGGAAAGAUCGACUUGGUAAAAAAGUUAAGCGCUGGGAUAUGAAGCUCCGUCAUCUUGGCCUGAGUAAAAGUGACUCUAGCGUCAGUGAUCCGGCCCAGAAUCAGAAGUCCAGCAGGCCCUCUCUUCCCCAGCAAGCACGCAACUAACCCUGAAAUGCAGAGUGACAUCAGUGGCCUUCUACUAAGACUUGCGUUGCUGGACUAGCAAAGGAAAAUUGCACUAUUGCACGACAUAUUCUAUUGUUUACUACAAAAAUCACGUGGUAACUGGUAUUUCUUCUCUUUUUCUGUUUUUCUCCUCCCUCUACCCCCACCUGUUAAAUCCCUAAAUAUAUUAUGUGUUUUCUCUUUCACUAAUCAUGGAAAAACUGUUAUUCUGCAAUAAUAAUAAAUUAAACUUGUUGAUACCAGGGCCUCCUUGCUGGAGUCCCCGAUGUUCAUUUCCGCUUCUGCUCUCAGACCGGGAAUGCGGUAUUGGAUGUAAAGCGACAUUUCUGGUGUAUGCAGAAAGCCAGGUAGGCUGUAAAACAUCCUCUGGAGCUCUGAUUACAGCCUUAUUUUCGAAUGCUGGUUGGGUAUUCUCCUCAUGCUUAGACAGUUCUAAGUGCUUAUAAAGGUAAAAUGGCCGUUUGAAGCCAAAUGCCGCACAGGCAAAGCAAUCAAGCACCAGGAGGCAUUUAUGAGGCAACGACACACAAGAUGAAUUGUUUUCAAGGUUGGCAGGAAGCAAAAUAAAUAGUGCUGGUAGCCGAGGAGAGAACAUUUUGCCUGAUUGAGAAGCACAAGUGAAACCAGGAGCCUUUGGGGCAUUAACAGUAGCGUUUUUCUUUUGGCAGUAUAUUCAGUUUGUUCAUGAAUAUAUUAAUCGGCUUUAGGGAGUUGACUUAUAACUAGACAUCUGCUGUUGUCAUCCCGAUAGGGAAAAUUUUAAUAGCGAAAACUUAGGAAACGUCACAAUAUAAGAUAACUUCUGCCCCUCACUCUGCUUAGUUCAGAAUUAACCCCCACCAGAGACACCCAGUCUCCCCCAAAAGUUUUGUAAGUGAAAAGAACCAUUGUUAGCUUUGUUGACCAAACAAGCUCCCUUCCCCU